GUUGCAGAGCGCUGGGAGAGGACACAUGCCUCUAAAUUUGCGCCUGCUAAAUAUCAACUUACCCACUUUUGGCGGAAGCACCAAAUGGUGCCUAAGCCAAGUGGUAGGCUGGAUGUACCUCUCACAAUCAAGGGAGUAGAAAUUAAGCCUACGUACGGACUUAAUCAAAUAUCUAGGGGUUUAUCUGGAUACUCACCUCACUGGGGAAGUGCAUGUAUUAUUAUUAUUAUUAUUCAAACCUCUGGAAGCCUUGGUGAGACCCUAAAGGCCUCACCCCUAUCAGAAUCCUACAUACAAAAAUUCAAAAUAAAUCACUAUCUCGUCCCCAUGUGGCCGAUAUGCCAGGGACCUUUGGGCACUCUCCCUAGGCUAAUCCUUCCGGAGAUCCCUUAUAGUUCCAAACCCGUGGGCACACCUAAUCAGUACAAACUCUGA